ACAUUAGUCAUCGACAACCUGUUACUAUAGCCUUGUUAAAAUCCAUAUCCGUCUUUUUCUAUCACUUAAACUUGAGCUGCUGAACUGAACGACCGUCUGAAACCAUGAGGGAAAUUGUACAUAUACAGGCAGGACAAUGUGGCAACCAAAUUGGCGCCAAGUUUUGGGAGGUGAUUUCCCAGGAACAUGGAAUAGACGCAACUGGAAGCUAUAACGGGGACAAUAAAAACCAACUUGAAAGAAUAGAAGUGUACUAUAAUGAAGCUAUGGGAGGAAAAUACGUGCCUAGGGCUUGCUUGGUGGACCUAGAACCUGGGACAAUGGAUUCUGUAAGAUGUGGUCCAUUUGGUGCCGUCUUCCGUCCAGAUAAUUUUGUUUUCGGUCAAAGCGGUGCGGGAAAUAACUGGGCUAAGGGUCAUUACACAGAAGGAGCAGAGCUAGUGGAAUCCGUUCUUGAUGUGGUCAGAAAGGAAGCUGAAAACUGUGACUGUCUGCAGGGAUUCCAACUAACCCACUCUAUUGGUGGCGGAACUGGAUCUGGCAUGGGCACUUUGAUUAUUGGGAAGGUCAGAGAGGAAUAUCCUGACAGAAUAAUGAAAACCUACUCAGUUGUUCCUUCUCCCAAGGUUUCUGAAGUGGUAGUAGAACCAUAUAAUGCCACAUUGGCCGUGCACCAGUUGGUUGAGAAUACUGAUGAAACGUUUUGUAUUGACAAUGAGGCUCUAUAUGAUAUCUGCUUCCGUACUCUGAAAUUAUCGACGCCAUCAUAUGGGGAUUUGAACCAUCUCGUAUCACAGACGAUGUCGGGAGUUACAACUUGUCUCCGUUUUCCAGGACAGCUAAAUGCCGAUCUAAGAAAACUAGCUGUUAACAUGGUACCUUUUCCUAGACUUCACUUUUUCAUGCCUGGAUUUGCUCCGUUGACAGCUCGUGGUUGCCAGUCAUAUCGGGCUUUGUCCGUUGCUGAGCUAACUCAGCAAAUUUUCGAUGCUAAAAACAUGAUGGCUGCUUGUGACCCAAGACACGGACGUUACUUAACAGUUGCAGCCAUUUUUAGAGGUAAAAUGUCCAUGAAAGAUGUCGAGGAACAAAUGCUAAACAUCCAAAAUAAAAACAGUACAUAUUUUGUUGAAUGGAUUCCGUGUAAUGUUAAAACAGCUGUUUGUGACAUCCCACCAGUCGGCCUUAAAAUGUCCGCUACAUUCAUCGGGAACAGUACGGCAAUUCAGGAAUUGUUCAAAAGAAUUUCUGAACAGUUUACUGUGAUGUUCCGUAGGAAAGCUUUUCUCCAUUGGUAUACUGGAGAGGGUAUGGACGAGAUGGAGUUUACGGAAGCCGAAUCUAAUAUGAAUGACUUGAUUUCUGAAUAUCAACAAUAUCAGGAUGCCACUGUAGAGGAUAAUAUGCUUGAUGACGAUGACUUUGAAGAUGAGGGAGAAGCUGAAGUCGCUUGAUUAAACCCUAUAAAUCGAAUAUUCCAAAGACAUUUAUUUUGCAUUUUUAACAUGUUUUACUAAGUUUACUAUUUGAUAUCACAAGUGAAGCCAAAUGUCAGAUCAAUGUUUUGUAAAAAUAGGGUAAAAUAGCUGUGAUUUUUACGCCAACAUAGCAGUUUUUGUGCAUGAUGGGCAUAAUUGGUAUACAAAUGAGUACUAUCAUCCAAGGUUCUAGAAGAAAAGAAAAAAAAUAACAUUUAAAGCUUUUUAGAGCACACUUUGAAAUAACAAUCAUAAUGAUUUAGAUAGUACUGUUCGAAAUAAGGAGAACACCUCGCAUAAUUAUAUAAGUAUAAUCUUAAAUUAAUGCAGGAAUUGAAAUUGAAUUUGCUAAGAUGUAUUUUAAUCAUGGGCGCGUGUGUUUGUUUUCGAAAGCUACAUGUCUUGCUUAAUUUUUUAAGGCUAUGGGUUGUGUUAAAUUGUCAGUUUUAUAUGUACAUUAUAGAUGGAAAGAAAGAAAGCGGUUGAAGAAAGUUGAAUAUACCUUGUGUAGAUACUCUACAAUUCAUAAAGGGAAACUGAGACUACUAAACACAUAGUAGUCUCUGACAGAAAUAAGCCAUUGACAUGAACUACGUUCCUUGGUGUAUAAUCUUAACAUGCAGGGUAAAUAUUCUGUAGGGAGAGUAAAAGUGAAGUUUAACAAAAUAAAGUUGUAUGUUAGUUCUCAUGACAACUACAAAUAAUAAACUGUUUUGAUAGAUUAGAACUUUUGGUAUACUGUUCUGUAUUUUCUUAAACAUUUUUAUGAAAUAAAAAAAUAUUUUGUACACCUUUA